CAUCUCUCUAUCAUUCAACAAUCACUUCUAGUUUUACUAGUUCAGUGUGCUCAGACCCCUCCCUCUCUACUGUUGCAUGUCAAGACAGACACAUUAUCAGCGCUGUGCUCCAUGAAACCAGAACACCUGUAAAGCUUCUGCUGAGAUGUCUAACGCAGACAACAAGCCCUCCUCUUAAAACCCAAAGAAAGUGGUACCUGCUAAAGGACAUGUCUGCAAACCUUCCCGAAGAGGACCUCUCCUGUCCCGUGUGCUGCGACAUCUUCAAGGAUCCGGUGCUUUUGCCAUGUAGCCACAGUUUCUGCAGGAGCUGUCUGGAGCACUUCUGGGAGAGCGCAGUCUUUCGCAACUGCCCCGUCUGCAGGAGAAAAGCCUCCAAGAAAAGCCCUCUUUCAAACCGGGCCCUCAAAAACCUGUGUGAAGCUUUUCAGCUGGGGAAAGGCCAGGGCAGUGCAUCUGGAUCAAACACCCUGUGCUGGAGACAUGGGGAAAAGCUCAAACUCUUCUGUCUGGUGGAUCAGGAGCCUAUCUGCGUGGUGUGCCAAGCCUCAAAAAUGCACAAAGGUCACGACUGCUCUCCCACGGAAGAGGCGGCUCUGGACUGCAAGGAUGAAAUGUGUGCUGCCAUGAAGAUACUGCAACAUAAGCUGGAAUUAUUCAACAAAGCAAGACAAUCUUCAGCCUUUACUUUGGAGCACAUUAAGAAUCAGGCUCAGCGGGUUGAGAGACAGAUGAAGGAUGAGUUUCUCAAGCUUCAUCAGUUUCUGUAUGAGGAGGAAGAGCGCAGGUUAUCAGGACUGAAGGAGGAGGAAGAGCGGCGGGUCGCGGCAAUGAAGAACAGAGACGACGAUAAUGGACGGAGGAUAUCAUCUCUUACAGACAUGAUCAGGACAAUGGAGCAAACCAUGAACGCUGAAGAUUUAACAUUGCUGCAGAACUUCAAAGCUACAAUAGAGGGAACAUGGAGCACAUUGCAGGAUCCAGAAUGCAUGUCUGGAUAUUUGUUGGAUGAAUCUAAGUAUCUUGGGAAUCUAAAGUACAAGGUCUGGGAGAGCAUGCAGGCAGUUGCACCUUACACCCCAAUAAUUCUGGACCCAAACACAGCCCACCCUUGCUUGACGCUCUCCGAUGACCUCACCAGUCUCCACUAUAGCAUCCCAAACCAAGGGCUCCCCAGUAACCCUGAGCGUUUCCACAUCAGCGCAGAGGUGCUGGGUUGCACUGGCUUUAACUCAGCAAGCCACAGCUGGGAGGUCGAGGUUGGUGACAACGAGGACUGGAUCCUGGGCUUGGCCAGCGAGCGUGUGAAGAGAGAUCAGGAAGUACCUGCGAGACCAGAGAAUGGCUUCUGGACCAUCUGCCUUCGUGAUGGGCAAUACAGGGCUAUGGCAUCACCCCCAACAUCUCUAAAAGUGGAGGACAAACUGCAGAGGGUCUUGGUUCAGCUGAACUGGGACAGAGGGGAGGUGAUUUUUUUAAAGCCUUCAUGUCAGGAAAUUAUAUACACUUUCAAACAGGUCUUUACAGAAAGGUUAUUGCCAUACUUUUACACGCAAAGCAAGCAUCCUUUGCGAAUUCUAUCCAAGCCUGUGUUGGUGUCUUUAUGAAAGUAUCAUUUAAAA